GCUCAACUCCAUUCCAGGGUUCCCAGCAGCUUUCCUCUGUCUCUGCUCGCUGUCCCUUAUCCGUCACUCCCUUCCCGCGCAGCGCGCCAGUCAGCGGCUCUCUGGACGCAAGAGGUUCGGUUUCCGAGUCCGGAGUCCGGGGUGAGGAACAGGUGGUACCCCGGAGCCCGACAUAGGGCUGGAGGUGGUCUGCCAGUGUAAUUAAUAGUUGCCACUUAGAGGUACCCAAGUAAAGGAUAUUUGCUGUAUUUAAUAUUUUCCAGUUCAGGUUGAAGGCACAAGAAGCAGCAAAAAUGGGUUUAGAAAAAUGUACAGAGAUUUUAAAGAAAAUGUCAGAGUUAAUUUUGAAUGAACUGCCAAAAGCUGAUUAUUCCAGUAUAUUCAGUGAUUUUGUUGAAUCUGAAUUUUUUCUCAUUGAUGGAGAUUCAUUACUUACCAUGUUCUUAUGUGAGAGAUCAUUAAAACAGGGGCAGGAGCUCCACUUCUUCUAUCUGGUUGAACGCUACCUUGUGGAUCUUAUUGAUAAAGGAGGACAAUUUGCCAUAGUUUUCUUCAAGGAUGCUGAGUAUGCAUAUUUCGACUUACCUGAACUCCUUUCUUUGAGAACUGCCUUAAUUCUUCAUCUUCAGCAUAACACCACCAUUGAUAUUCGAACAACAUAUUCUGGAUGUUUAUCACAAGAAUGGAAAACUUUCUUGAAUGAGAGUUACCCAUAUUUCCUGAUAGUUGCAGAUGAAGGCUUGAACCAUCUACAAACAUACCUUUUCAGCUUUUUAAUCAUUCAGUCUUGGUCAAUGAAGGUCAAUGCUGUGCUUGCCUCAGGGCAAGUGUCUGAUAUUCUUCGACUUUAUGCGUACUUUAUGCCAAGCAAGUCCAGCAAACAAAAGUUUUUCAAGGAGAAUAAACAGCAGAUUGAGAAUGCUUAUAUAGCCCUGAUUAAACACUUGGAAGAAUGUAGAGUUUUUGCAUUCAAACCUCUUUUUGGAAAUUCAAUAGGGGACAAUAUGGUGGAAGAGGCAUGCGAAACGAUUUCUCUGCUUAAGCAGCUCUGGCCAGAAGGAUCUGACAUUCGGCGUGUUCUUUGUGUUACUUCAUGCUCCUUGUCUUUGAGAAUGUACCACUAUUUCUUAGAAAACAGAAAGAAGACUACCUCUUGUCAGAAAAAUGACAUCCAGCAGGGGAAAAGUGAUUGCUUAAGCCUGCAAGAGAUGGAAGAUUUGUGUAAACUGCAUUGUCUCAGUACGGUCUUUCUACUCCAUUUACCUCUUUCCCAAAGAGCUUGUACUAGAUUCAUCACUUCCCGUUGGAUUGAGGACAUUCAGACUUUCCUAAAAAUGAAAAAGUGGUGUGAAUAUUUUAUCCUAAAUAAUAUAGAUACUUUCGAAUGUUGGAAUCUGAAUUUAAUUCACCUUUGUGACUUAAGUGAUGAGCUUUUGUUGAAGAACAUUGCUUUUUACUAUGAAAAUGAAAAUGUUCAAGGCCUACAUUUGAAUUUGGGAAAUGUCAUUAUGAAGGAUUAUGAAUAUCUCUGGAAUGCUGUAUCAAUGUUGGUCCGAAAGUUUGAUGUUGGAAAGCCAUUUCCUCUGAGAACAACAAAACUUAAUUUUCUUGAAAAGAACCCAUUACCAAUCAAAGAUACCUCCAAGGAAAAGAUGCCCGAUUUGGGUUUUAUUCCAAUGUCAUCUGAAGUGGUUGAUAAAUUUGCUGGAGACAUUUUGAAAGAUUUGCCUUUCUUAAAGAGGGAUGAUCCUAGUGUAAAUUCACUGGUUAAACAUAAGGAAUUUGAUGAACUUGUGCAUUGGCAUUCUCACAAGCCCCUCAGUGAUGACUAUGACAGGACAAAGUGCCAUUUUGAUGAAAAAUCUAGAGAUCCUUAUUUUCUUAGAGGUGUGCAAAAGUAUAAUGUUUUUCAGCGAUUUUAUGGAAGUUCAUUAGAAUCGAUCUCUUCCAAAAUCAUUGUAACUCAAAAUAUCAAGCCAAAGAAUUUCAGUGAACCCAAGAGUAAAAAGGCAAAUGAGUCAAAGGCUGAAAUAAUUACUAGAGAGAAUAAGAAGAGGUUAUUUGCCAAGGAAGAACAAAAAGAAGAGAAAAAAUGGAAUGUUCUAUCAUUUUCCAUUGAGGAAAAAAUGAAAGAGAAUUUAAACUCUGGAAUACAGAACCUGGAAGAUUUUUUGAAAUCAUGUAAAAGUAACUCAGUGAAAUAUCGAGUUGAAAUUUUCGGGUUAACUGCCUGCUUGAAAGCAUGGAAAGAACACUGUAGUAGCCAAGGAAAAGGUGAAACCACAAAAGAUGUAAGUAUAGCUGUUCAAAUGAUAAAAAGGAUCCAUUCCUUGAUGGAAAAAUACCCAGAACUUUUGCAAGAGGCAGAUCAGCAGCUUAUUGCCAGAUGCCUUAAGUAUUUAGGAUUUGAUGACUUGGCAAGUUCUUUAUAUCCAACCAAGGUUGCAGGAGAUGACAUAAAAAGGAAGAUAAAGAAUAAAUAUUCAAUUGGCAUUGGGCCCGUUCGGUUUCAACUGCAAUACAUGGGUCAUUAUCUGAUACGAGAUGAGAGAAAAGAUCCAGAUCCCAGAGUUCAAGAUUUUAUUCCUGACACAUGGCAGCGAGAGCUCCUCGAUGUUGUGGAUAACAAUGAAUCAGCCGUGAUUGUUGCCCCAACGUCCUCAGGCAAAACCUACGUUUCCUACUACUGCAUGGAGAAAGUGCUGAAGGAGAGCAAUGAAGGGGUGGUUGUGUAUGUCGCACCAACAAAGGCCCUCGUUAAUCAAGUGGCAGCAACUGUUCAUAAUCGUUAUACCAAAAAUUUGCCAAAUGGUCAAUGUCUAUGUGGUGUGUUUACAAGGGAUUAUCGUCACAAUGCCCUAAACUGUCAGGUACUUAUUACAGUGCCUGCUUGUCUUGAAAUUCUGCUGUUAGCACCUCAUCGCCAAACAUGGGUGAAAAGGAUCAGAUACGUUAUAUUUGAUGAGGUCCAUUGUCUUGGUGGAGAAAUUGGAGCAGAAAUUUGGGAGCAUCUCCUUGUCAUGAUCCGGUGUCCCUUUCUGGCUCUUUCAGCUACAAUAAGCAACCCUGAACAUCUCACGGAGUGGCUACAAUCAGUAAGGUGGUACUGGAAAAAAGAGGACAAUUUAAUGGGACAAAAUACUUCUUCUAAAAGAAGCGCUGGCUGUCGUGCCAAUUUUCACAAAGACUGCAUUCAAAGGAGGCAAUCAUAUAAAGUUAGACUUGUGCUCUAUGGGGAGAGAUACAAUGAUUUAGAGAAGCAUAUAUGUUCAAUAAAACAUAAUGACAUUCAUUUUGACCACUUUCACCCAUGUGCUACACUAACAACAGAUCAUAUUGAAAGAUAUGGAUUCCCUUCUGAUCUUAUCCUUUCACCUCGAGAAACCAUCCAGCUUUAUGAUGUCAUGUUUGAAUGCUGGGAAAGUUGGCCCAGGGCCCAGGAGUUGUGUCCAGAGAACUUCGUUCAUUUAAAGAAUAAAAUAGUCAUUAAGAAGAUGGAUGCUAGAAAAUAUGAAGAGAGCUUAAAGGCAGAAUUAAUAAAUUGGGUUAGAAAUGGCAAUGUAGAGGAGGCCAAAAUGGUCCUGAGGAAGCUCAGUCCCAGUUUGGGUGUUAGUUCAGAAAACAUGACACAAAUGUUUCCACUUCUUGUUGAAAAGCUAAGGAAAAUGGAGAAGUUACCAGCACUAUUUUUUUUAUUCAAGUUAGGAGAUGUAGAGCAGAGAGCUAAAAGUGUGAGCGCUUUUCUGGAAGAGAAGCAAGAGAGAGAAAGGCAUCCCAAAGCUGAUAAAGAAACCCAUAAUAUGGCUAACAAACUGCGGAAAGUUAAAAAAUCCAUUGAGAAACAAAAAAUAAUAGAUGAAAAAAGCCAGAAGAAACCCAGAAAAAUGGAUAAAAGCCUACUAUACGAAGCUGAACAUGAUAAUCUAGUCAAGAUGUUAGAGAAGAACCUGGAAAUCCCUCCGGAGUGUACAUAUGCUGAUCAAAAAGCAGUGGGCCCUGAGAUUUUGCAGAUGGUGUUCAAUCGAGUAAAGUUCACAAGAAAAGGUGCAGAACUGAAGGCCUUGGCAGAAAGGGGCAUCGGAUAUCAUCACAGGUCUUUGAACUUCAAAGAAAAACAGCUCGUUGAAAUUCUUUUUAGGAAAGGAUUUAUUAAGGUGGUGACUGCUACUGGGACACUUGCAUUAGGAAUAAAUAUGCCUUGUAAAUCUGUGGUGUUUGCUCAAAACUCAAUCUAUCUCGAUGCUUUAAGUUAUAGGCAGAUGUCUGGGCGUGCUGGAAGACGAGGCCAAGAUCUGAUGGGAGAUGUGUAUUUCUUUGAUAUUCCAUUGCCCAAAAUAGAAAAACUCAUAAAAUCCAAUGUGCCUGAACUAAGAGGGCAGUUCCCCUUCAGGGUAACCCUGGUUCUGCGACUCAUGCUCCUGGCUUCGAAGGGCGAUGAUCCACAGGACGCCCAGGCAAAGGUGCUGUCAGUGCUAAAGCACUCAUUGCUGUCCUUCAAACAACCCAGAACCACGGAGAUGUUAAAACUUUACUUCUUGUUUUCUUUGCAGUUACUGGUGAAAGAGGGCUAUGUAGAUCAAGAAGGUAAUCCGAUGGGGUUUGCUGGACUGGUAUCACAUUUGCAUUAUCAUGAACCUUCUAAUUUUGUUUUUGUCAGUUUUCUUGUAAGCGGUCUUUUCCAUAAUCUCUGUCAGCCAACCCAUAAAGGCUCAAAAAGUUUUUCUCAAGAUGUUAUGGAAAAGCUUGUGUUAGUAUUGGCAAAUCUGUUUGGAAGAAGGUAUCUUCCAGCAAAGUUCCAAGAUACAACUGUCAAAUUUUGUCAAUCAAAGGUGUUCCUUGAGGAUCUCCCUGAGGACUUUAAUGCUGCUUUACAUGAGUAUAACAUGAAAGUUACAAGGGACUUUGCCUCCUUUCUACUAAUUGUUUCCAAAUUGGCUGAUAUGAAACAGGAAUAUCAACUCCCAUUGUCAAAAAUAGAUUUCACAGGUAAAGAAUGUGAAGACUCCCAACUUGUGUCUCACUUGAUGAGCUGCAAGGAAGGAAGAAGAGCUAUUUCUCCAUUUGUUUGUCUCUCUGGGAAUUCUGAUCAUGAUUUGCUUCACCUAGAAACUCCAGACCAUGUCAUCCUGCGCACAGUUGGUAUCAGUUACACUCAGGCUCCUUUGCUUUGGUCACAGAAAUAUGAUAGCCAAGGAAGAAGAAUGCCACUUAAUGCUUAUGCACUUGAUUUCUAUAAACACGGUUCCCUGAUAGGAUUAGUCCAGGACAACAGGAUGAAUGAAGGAGAUGCUUACCAGUUGUUGAAAGAUUUUUUACUCACCAUUAAAUCUAUCAGUGUUUCUUUGCGUGAACUAUGUGAAUGUGAAGAAGACAAUGUGGUCCUAGCAUUUGAACAACUGAGUGAAACCUUUUCUGAAAAACUUGAGAAAGUCUAAAAACAAAGUCUAUCCAAACCACUUAAAAUAUUUCCAUGGGCAUUUUUCAAGUCAUGUAUUUUAUGAUUUUCAUCCUUUUUGUUAGAAAUACGUAUAUGAUGA